UAUCUAUAAUUUACUCUCUCCGUGCGUUUCUCUCUCUCUGUCUUUCCCUGUCUCUAAAUCUUCAAGCGAUGGAUCGUAAUAGCGUGCUCGGAAUUGCAUUGUUAUGCCUCAUUGUAGCCGGCGUUGGAGGUCAAUCGCCAGCAGCGGCACCGACCACAACUCCUGCAGCUCCGACCACAACUCCUGCAGCUCCAGCAAAAGCCCCAGCCAAACCUACGCCUGCUCCCGCAACAACUCCUGCAUCUGCACCGUCGGCUACUACUCCGGCUGCUUCUCCUUCAAAGCAGGCCGUACCUGCUCCUGUACAGACACCUGCAUCUACACCUUCCGCAUCUACACCCCCGGCGGUGACUCCAGUGAGCUCACCUCCCGCUCAGGUUCCGGUGAGCUCUCCUCCAGCGAAAUCUCCUCCCGCACCUGCUCCUGUCAGUACACCACCUGCCACUUCUCCCCCCGCACCAGCCACUGCACCUCCAGCUCCUGCCACUGCACCGACAGCGGAGGUUCCUGCUCCGGCCCCGAGUAAGAAGAAGUCCAAGAAGCACCACGCACCAGCUCCUUCGCCAACGUUGCUCAGCCCUCCCGCACCUCCAGCGGAGGCUCCUGGACCUAACUCGGACGUUGCUGCCUCUCCCGGCCCUGCAUUGAAUGAUCAGAGUGGAGCAGAGAGGAUGAGGAGCCUUGUCGGUGGAUUGGGAUUGGCUGUUCUGGCGUUUAUCUUCUAAGCAAUACUGUAAUAAUACUGGCGCGGGUGGUGUUAAUUAUUGAACGAUAAUCUUAUUAUUUUUAAUCUUUAACACCCCUGUUCUCUUCGUUAUUACGAUCGAGGUCACAUUUGAUAUUUAUUUAUUUUGUCUAAACUGUUGUUCUUCACCAGCUCGUUUUGUCUGGUAUCACGAGGGGAUUUACCACAUUUGCUUGUAUUCUUUGAGAUAUAAUUGGAGGAACUUUCCAGUUUUUUUACUC